GCUCUUUAAUCCCUCAAUUGUCAUCUCCCCUCCUUUCAGAGAAGCAGUCUGCAGCCAUGCAGAUCUUUGUGAAAACAUUAACCGGCAAGACCAUAACCCUCGAGGUUGAGUCCUCGGACACCAUCGACAAUGUGAAGGCCAAGAUCCAGGACAAGGAAGGCAUUCCUCCAGACCAACAACGUCUCAUCUUCGCUGGCAAGCAGCUCGAAGACGGCCGAACCCUAGCCGACUACAACAUCCAGAAGGAGUCGACGCUCCACCUGGUCCUCCGCCUUCGCGGAGGCGCCAAGAAGAGAAAGAAGAAGACCUACACCAAACCAAAGAAGAUCAAGCACAAGAAGAAGAAGGUUAAGCUCGCCGUGUUGCAGUUCUACAAGGUGGAUGACUCCGGAAAGGUGCAGAGGCUGAGAAAGGAGUGUCCGAACGCCGAGUGUGGGGCCGGGACCUUCAUGGCUAACCACUUUGACAGACACUACUGUGGAAAGUGCGGUCUCACAUAUGUGUACCAGAAGGCUGGUGGUGAUUGAUUAGGUCUUUUUUCGUGCUUUUUAAUAUAAGUAGUAUCAUCAUGGAUUUUAUCCUUUAUGAGCUUCGAAUUUUAGGGUUUUGUUAUUGUUUCGCACUCUGUUUAUUACUGGAUGUUGCAGCGUUUUGCUUCUGAAGGUUCUACAUAUUAAUUGCUGAAUUUUGGAUGGAUUA